AUGGCUACCAAUAGAACUUCAGACGCGGGUCAGGUGAUCUCUGAAGUCUCCCAGCAGGAAGGAGGAACUUACAAAGGCUCCACCGCUGCUCAAAUGCAAUCCCAAACCACCAAGCAACGCAACCUCGAAGAUGCCGCCGCCAAAGUCGGCUCCAAGCUUGACACCGCUCCCGAGGCAGUGACCUCCGAAGAUGCCUCCCUCCUCCACAGCCGCGAGGCCCGUGUCAUGGGCGGUCCCACCAAGGGUGACCUUGCCUCCCAAGCCCAAUCCGUCGCUGCCGCCAACGAGCAGGGUGCUACCAUCCAAACCAACCCCACUCAGAGCAGUGGUACGAACGCCAACCUCGAGCCUGCCCAGCAGAGCCAGUUGGACCGUGAGGCCAACUAUGGGGAGGCAGCGGAUAAAGUCGGCACGAAGUUGGCGACGGAGCCUGAGACUGUGACAAAGGAGGAUGGUGAUCUGUUGCAUUCGAGGGAGACGAAGGCAUUUGGGGCUACCAAGAAGGGGGGGAUCGCAAGUCAGGCCCAGAGCCAGGCGGCGAAAAAUGCAGGUGACAAGGCCUAA